AUGUGGAUCUGUGCGGUCUGCGCUGCGUUCUCGUCGUCGGACGAAACACGCCCUCGGCCAGGGGUAGGUUGGGCCGCAUCCAAAAGUGCCAGGUAUUUGCCUCCGAACUUCGAAUUCUUCUUUUGUCACGUUCGCGGGCCACAGGCCAUGAAACUCGACCAAACAAGGGUCAGAAGACAGUAAAUAACUAGCUCUACGGUGUCAGGGUCUUAGUUUGGUGUGGUGUGUCGUUGCCGGAACGCACAGCAGCCCCAAAGGUGUUUCGACAAACGCCUCCAUAUAUCCUGUGCG